AUGCUACACAGCGUUGCAAAAUGCGUCUUCCGCCCAUCGGUGAAGACAGUACAGCCUGCUUGGAAGGCCACACCAUGUGGAAUCCCAAGAGCUGCCAUCGCACUCAGUGCCAAGCCUAAACUCCGCGACUACCAGGAGGACUGUAUAAGAUCAGUACUCUUGUCGUUGAAACAGGGGCAUAAACGGCUGGGCAUCUCUCUGGCCACCGGCAGCGGCAAGACGGUGAUCUUCACUCAGCUGAUUGACAAGAUACGUGCACGUCCCAACGGCGGCGACCGUACUCUCAUCCUAGCUCAUCGCCGCGAGCUCGUCGAGCAAGCUUCCCGCCAUUGCCACUUGGCAUAUCCGUCAAAGACGAUCGAGAUUGAGAUGGGCUCGAUCCAUGCAUCCGGAGGAGCGGACAUCACCGUUGCUAGCGUGCAGAGCAUAACGUCCAGGGACAGACUGGAAAAGUUCCUGCCGUCUGACUUCAAGUUGGUCCUGGUGGAUGAAGCCCAUCAUGUUGUUGCGCCCGGAUACCUCAAAACCUUGAAGCAUUUCGGAUUGGACCAGAAGCAGCAAGACUCACCCACUUUGAUCGGUGUGUCUGCUACUUUUUCUAGAUUCGACGGCGUGAAGCUUGGGGCAGCCAUCGACGAGAUUGUCUACCACAGAGAUUACGUCGACAUGAUUACCGACAAGUGGCUGUCCGAUGUGAUAUUCACCACGGUCGAAUCGUCGGCAAACUUGUCCAAGGUGAAGAGUGGUGCCUUUGGUGACUUCCAAACCGGAGAGCUUUCCAAGGUGGUCAACACGGACGAAGUCAACGACAUUACUGUCAAAAGCUGGAUGGCCAAAGCCUCGGACAGGAAGAGCACGCUCGUCUUUUGCGUGGACCUGGCACAUGUGUCUGGUCUCACCCGCAAAUUUCGAGAGUACGGAUACGAUGCGAGAUUCGUCACGGGCGAGACUCCCAAAGUGGAGCGGAGCGAGAUAUUGGAAGCGUUCAAGAGCGGCCAGUUUCCCGUCUUGGUCAACUGCGGUGUCUUCACCGAAGGGACAGACAUACCCAACAUUGACUGCAUAGUCCUGGCAAGGCCGACCCGGUCGCGCAAUCUGCUGGUGCAGAUGAUUGGCCGGGGCAUGCGCCUGCACCCAGGCAAGGAGAACUGCCACAUUAUCGACCUGGUUUCCAGCCUGGAGACGGGAAUCGUGACCACGCCGACGCUGUUCGGCCUCGACCCCAACGAGCUCGUGGACAAGGCCUCCGUGACAGACAUGAGAGGGAUGCAGGAGCGCCGAAGCGCGGAACAGAGCAGCCAACAAGAGGCGAGCGCUACCGGGGCGGCGGGUUCGCCCAUGAGCCCCGCCGAGGCUGUCACCUUCACCGACUAUUCCUCCGUCCUGGAUUUGAUUGCCGACACAUCUGGGGAGAAGCACAUUCGGGCCAUCAGCCAAUACGCCUGGGUGCAAGUCGGGCCCGGAAAGUUCGUCCUCUCCGCACCGAGCGGCUCGUAUAUCCGGAUCGAGCGCAUCCAAGGCGACGCGACGGCCUCGUCCCCGACCUACAGGGCCGUCGAGAUUCGCGCGCUUCCCCCCGGGGUGGCCAAGUCGCCGUUUGCGGCGCCGCGGGAGAUUCUGACGGCGGCUACCUUUGGCGACGCCGUCCACGGGGCCGACACGUAUGCUGCCAACGCCUUCCCACACACCUUUAUCCACCGCAACCAGCCCUGGAGACGGCUGCCGCCGACCCAGGGACAGCUCGACUUUGUCAACAAACUCCGCGGCAAGGCGAACCCCCUCAAAGCAACGGAUCUGACCAAGGGAAAGGCCGCCGACAUGAUCACCAAGCUGAAGCACGGCGCUCGUGGCCAGUUUGCCAGAAUCGAGGCUGAGCAGCGGAGGAGGGAGAAGCUGUCGAGCGCGACGGACGCAAGGCAAAGCAGAGAGCGUGUGGAAGUUGGGCCGGUGAUGGCUUAG